AUGACUUCAAGACAAGUAUAUCUAGCAGUUUUUCUCCUCCUGACAAUCAUUCAUGAUUUAACAGCAACUGUUGAUCUUCACGAUUUUCCUCGAAUAUUAACUCGCACACACAAUCAAACUGUCAAUGUAUCUGAUACAGUUAUUCUCACCUGCCAUGUAACAAAUCUUGGCAAUCAUCAUGUGACGUGGCUAAAAUACGAUCGAAAUACGUCGAUGUUUCUACCGUUGACUGUAGGCGAACAAGUGUUUCUUUCCGAUACACGUUAUUCGGUAUCGUCCUAUUCCAUUUCAUCUGUGAAUUCCUACUGGAAUCUGGAAAUUUACAAAGCACAAUUAUCUGACGAGAGUACUUAUGAAUGUAAAAUCUCCAAUCGCCGUCGUAGUGUCUCAAUUAAAAUCCAUUUACAUGUUCAAAUACCAAUGAGUAUUCAACCGUCGAGAUUAUAUGUUGAACCCGGUGCAGAAGUUGAACUCGAUUGUACGAUUUACAAUGUCAACACGUCGUCGAUCACGUGGCAUUUUUCCAGCUACAAUCAGACAUAUCAUUACAAUGAUUAUCUCUAUGAUAUCCAUGAAAAGAAUCAGUAUGAAAAGAAUAUUUCAAAGUCGCAAUUGAUUAUUCGUCAUGCUCAACCGUACCACUCGGGAUUAUGGACGUGUACGUAUCGAAGACAACGUCGUAGUGCAAGAAUAGUUGUUGUUAAAGGCGCUAUGCAACGUUUGUUAUUAAACAAUCAUGCAAACUCGUAUGUACAAUGUACAAUGAGUCUCAUCUUAUUUGCACUUCUCCUUGGCCAUCAUAUAACUCGUCGAAUCUAA